AGCCAAAGUAACAACAUCUGCAAAACAAUACGUUCACUGAUACCUGGACUGUAACAUUUGCUCACAGUUUAAUAUCUACAUUGCUGUCUUAAAAAGCUGCACAAUGCUGUCGUUUCAAAACGCGUGUUUAAUAGCUGCAGUUGCAAUAGCCUAUCUACUCGUACGGGAAGAAAAAGUUCCAAUAAGUUCAAGGAUAAAAGAUGUAUUGGAGAAUGAGUAUGAUUAUAUAAUUGUUGGCGGGGGUUCAGCAGGUGCAGUGUUGGCCGCUAGACUCUCGGAGGAUGAGGGGACGAGUGUCCUCCUGUGAGAGGCUGGUAUCGAGUGGCAUCACACUAUGCCUGUUCCGUCAGAGGCCGCACAACCCCAAAGGACCAUCAUAGACUGGGAGUACAGAACUGUUCCACAGAAGCAUUGCUGUAGUGGCUUGAAAGACAAGGCGAGUAGAUGGACGCGGGGUAAGGUGUUAGGAGGCUGUAGCUCACACAACUACAACCAAUAUUGCCGAGGCAACAAGAAUGACUACAACAUGUGGGCAGACAUGGGCAACACUGGUUGGAGCUACGAUGAUGUCCUACCCUACUUCAAGAAAUCUAUAUCACAUCUAGAUCCGGCUCUAGCUAAAUCAAAUUACCAUAGUACAACAGGGCCACUUCAGGUGUCGCCUGUAGACAGAAUUGAAAGCCUCCAGUAUGUGUACGAUGCAGCUAUUGAGGCAGGACUACAAACAACUGAAGAUCUAAAUGGCGAAAAUCAGUUUGGUUUCGCAUUUUCUCAAGCAACGGUAGAUGGCAAUGGCGUCCGAUCUAGUUCAGCUGACGCUUUCCUUUACCCGGCCUUGGGCAGAAAAAACCUCCACGUUGCAACUAGAGCACAUGUGACAAAAGUUUUAUUGGAAGAUAAGAAGGCCGUGGGUGUGUCUUACGUUAGAGAUUUGGUGAAGGGAGAGGUCAAAGCAAGGAAAGAGGUGAUUUUAUCAGGUGGAGCUAUAGGCUCACCGCAUAUCUUACUACUCUCUGGCAUUGGACCGAAGAAACAUUUAGAAGAGUUAGGGGUGCCCGUCGUCGCAGACCUACCGGUGGGUGAAAACAUGCAGGACCAUCCUACAUCCGACGCUGUGAGGUUCUACACAAAGGCGCAUGCGUACACGGAUACAGAAGCACAAAGCCUCAAAGAAUAUUUCAAGUACAAAUUUUUCGGAACAGGAUUAAAAAGGAAUCCCAUAAAUAACCUCCAAUAUUUCAUGAAGAGUCCUCAUCAGCCGGAGCAUCACGACUUUCCUUACAUACAGUUUAGCAUACUUUGUACGUUAUGGGGCAGCGAUCCGGGCACCGACUAUUACAAGGACAACAUUGGAUAUACUGACGAGGUGUGGGACGCUUUGUAUUCCGACAAUGACAAUGAUGACAAAUAUGGCGCAUCAUUAUUGGUAACUCUUCUUCACCCAGCCACAAAUGGAACAGUCAGGCUGCAAACUACAGAUCCUUUUGACCACCCUCUGAUACAGCCUAAUUUCUUUGAAGACCCCAUAGAUGUUAAACACAUAGUAGCAGGAAUACGUGUUAUCGUUGAUCAGUUGGCCAAAACAAAGGCAUUCGAAAAGGGAGGAUUUGAACUUGUGAAAUCGCAUCAUCCGCAUUGUAAAGAGCAUUCGUUUAACAGUGACGACUAUUGGUCGUGUUUCAUUAGAGCAAAUGCAUGGACUCUGUUUCACCCCACAUCAACCUGUAGAAUGGGACCUGACAAUGACAAGAACUCUGUAGUUGAUCCCGAAUUGAGGGUAAAGGGUAUCAAGAACCUGAGAGUAGCUGACGCCUCUAUUAUGCCGUUUGUUGUGUCUGGUAACACUAACGCUCCUACUAUCAUGAUUGCCGAGAAAGCAGCAGAUAUGAUCCUUGGUAGAAAGACUGUCUAA